UUCAAUUCGUAUAUCUUUUAGUCUUGGAGCUUGUACCAGCCGGAAGAACGUAAGUCCGAUUGGCUUGCGAGUGGGGUGGCAUGACAAACUCGACUUAGCGUGCGCACCAAAGUAAUUCAAAAAUUGAACCCACGAAUUUGCACCUCACGACGACAACGACAACCCUUCCAACCAAACACCCCAUAUCGCCAUAAACCGCAAUCAUGGGUAAAGGAAAGCCCCGUGGUCUCAACGCCGCCCGCAAGCUGCAAAAUCACCGCCGCGAGCAACGCUGGGCCGAUCUCUCGUACAAGAAGCGCGCGCUGGGAACGGCAUUCAAGUCCUCGCCCUUCGGAGGCUCCUCGCACGCCAAGGGAAUCGUUCUCGAGAAGGUUGGUGUCGAGGCCAAGCAGCCCAACUCUGCUAUUCGGAAGUGUGUCAGGGUGCAAUUGAUUAAGAACGGAAAGAAGGUUACUGCUUUCGUACCCAACGAUGGUUGUCUCAACUUCGUAGACGAGAACGACGAAGUGCUCCUCGCCGGAUUCGGUCGCAAGGGCAAAGCCAAAGGAGAUAUCCCCGGUGUGCGAUUCAAGGUCGUCAAGGUCUCUGGUGUCGGUCUGUCUGCGCUCUGGAAGGAGAAGAAGGAGAAGCCUAGAUCGUAGAGAGAGGGGUGUUUCUGGUGUUAUUUACAUUUGCAAAGGAUGCAUUGGGCUCUUUGAAGAUUUGAGCUUUGCAUUCAUGGUCAUGGAAUAAAAAAUACUUGAUCACCAACACCACAAAUCGAGGACUUUGAGAACAAAUUGUGCUGUUGUGUGAUAUCCGAGUGCAAUGAGAAUUAUGCCUGGAUCAA